AUGGAGACUUUGACCCAGAUAUUCGUGCGAAACUGUUUAGCUGAACUAGGCAUCUGGCUAAAUACUUUUCAUUCACGAUUUCUGGAUGAUGCUUAUUUGAAAUUCAUUGGUUUUUCACUUUUCGACAAGGUUGGUGUGGUUCGUUUAAAAUCUUUACAAGCAUUAACACCAUUAUAUGAAGACAAUCAACUCGCAGCCAAAUUAGACUUAUUUACGACUAAAUUUAAAGAAAGAAUAAUUGUCCUUGCUUGGGAUGAGGAAUUGAACAACCAAGUGGAAGCUGUUAAGGUGAUCACCAACAUGUUUAGGUCAUAUCGUGAUCGAUUUACACCAGAAGAUAUCCAAAGUGUUUCCAAAUUAGUACUUUCUUCCAAUCGUAAGGUUGCAUUGGCCGCAGGUAAAUUUUUGAACGCGUGCAUUCUGAAAGUGGAUCAAGAGAACAUGUCUAAAAAUAAUUUGGAUUCUCGAAGAGAUGCUCAAUCUAAUAUACGAUGGAUUCGAUAUCUUUUACAGUUUUUCACAAAAUUGGAGAGACCAGAUGAUGUUCCAUGUAUAGUGGACGCCUUAUUUGAGGAACACCCGGUGAUGCAAGAUUGGGAAUCAAUGAUUCAUCUUCUUACAGAAAGAGCUGAUAAUACUGAUCAAUGUUUGACUUCAACUGAAGAAGAAGUCCUAAUUGAAAUCAUGACCUGGUGUGCAAGACUUGCGACAACUUGUGAACAUCCGUGGGAUAGAGCAACCAACAAAACGUUAAUAAACAUAAAGAAGAAAAACCAAAUGCAAGCAGAUCAAUUGAGCAUGACCGAACAUCUAAUACCAGUAUUGCCCAAGCUCUUGAUUCGAUUCAAAGCCGUGACGAAAAGUAUGAUUAAUUUGUUAACCAUACCGCAGUAUUUCGAGUUGGUAAACUACACAAGUCAAGGGGUAGAUCAUUAUUUAGAAAAAUUAUUAGAGGAAUUAAAGGACAUUACACAAAAAUAUUCAGAUACUCUACUCUUGCAAAUCUGCAGCAUUACUCUCGAUUGCCUUCGUAAAAGAGUCAGCAUUUCUGUGAAAUGUGAUGUUGUACUAUCUUCAAUUGUCAAUGAAUGUGCCCAGAAGUAUUACACACAUCAGAAUUGUGGCAAAGGAUUAUGGAUGGGGUAA